AUGCCUCCUGGACGGCCUCGUACUCGCGUCAUCUCUAACGAGAAUGACGAGAACAGCACUACAACGCGUAUGACGAGAGCCAAGGCGGCGGCUCUCCACGUGGACGACUCAGUAGCACCUACCAAGUCUACUCUUCAGACAAAGAAAACGACUGUCAGUACUAUUGCUGUCAACGGAAUUAGAAAACGCGCUGCUCUAGGCGAUGUCAGCAAUGUCAGCAAGGCGGAUGGUGUGGAGGGAAAGAAGACUACAGGAACAAAGGUUGGAUUGGUUUCCAAAGCUGCUCAACCCACAGGCGUCCAGAAGAGCACUCGCCCUGCAACGACAAGCCGGACAGCUUUGGUGAACAAGGAGGUCAAGAAGCCGGAAGUAAAGAAGUCAGGACCUGGAGCCAUUGGACCCAAGAGAAAAGUUGCCCCAGCUGCACCAAAGGAAGCUGUACGUCAGGAGGCGGAACCUGCUCGUAAGAGAGCACAUGUGGAUGUUGAGAAGCGCUCUCGUCCCGAAGUCACCGAGCCCAAGGCCAAGGCCCCGGCUCCUGACGCUGCUGCCAUCAAGGCUGCUGCACAGGCUGCUGCCCGAGCUGAAGCCAAAGCCGCAGAGAAAGCCGAGCUUCUUGAAAACAUUAAGAGCCUUGACGAGGAGGAUUUGGACGAUCCUUUGAUGGUUGCCGAAUAUGCUAAUGAAAUAUUCGACUAUUUGAGAGAGCUUGAGGUCCGCUCAGUUCCCAAUGCCGACUACAUGUCUCACCAGGACGACCUCGAGUGGAAAACACGCGGAAUUCUCGUCGACUGGCUGAUCGAGGUCCACACCCGAUUUCAUUUACUCCCCGAAACUCUGUUCCUGGCCGUCAACAUCAUCGAUCGAUUCCUCUCCGAAAAGGUUGUCCAGCUCGACCGUCUCCAGCUCGUUGGCAUCACCGCCAUGUUUAUCGCCUCCAAGUACGAGGAGGUUCUUUCUCCUCACGUUGAAAACUUCAAGAAGAUUGCCGAUGACGGCUUCAGCGAGGCUGAGAUUCUGAGUGCAGAGCGUUUUAUCCUUGGCACACUGAAUUACGAUCUCAGCUAUCCUAACCCAAUGAAUUUCCUCCGCCGAGUCUCAAAGGCAGAUAACUACGACAUCCAGUCGCGUACCAUUGGCAAGUAUCUUACGGAGAUUAGCUUGCUGGACCACCGUUUCAUGUCAUUCCGCCCCAGUCACGUCGCCGCCGCUUCCAUGUACCUGGCACGGCUUAUGCUCGAUCGUGGCGAGUGGGACUCAACCAUCGCCUAUUAUGCAGGCUACACAGAAGAGGAGGUUGAGCCUGUUGUCAACCUCAUGGUUGACUACCUAGCACGACCCCCCAUCCAUGAAGCAUUCUUCAAGAAAUAUGCUAGCAAAAAAUUCCUCAAAGCUUCUAUUCUAUCCCGCCAGUGGGCCAAGAAGAACGCACCUCUCUUUGGUAUUGAAGAUCUUCACCUGUCUUUGGACCAAAUCUCAUGA